GCAAGUCCACUCCCCCACUGGCAUUAGAGCUUACUUCUUUGAGAUUCCAGUGUCUACUGAAGAGCAGCUGACACAGUCACCCUUGUGGAUUGAGGAACUUUUAGAUUCAUACCCAGCCAUUGUUUGUUUUGCUGGAUAACAGUCUCAUCUCUGGACAAAUUGAUAAAGGAUAGGAAUGAACCCUGUGAUAAAAUUAACCAACUUCCAGCAUCUCAGAAUACAGUGAAAGACAACAAUGAACUUAGUCAUAACAUUGACGAGCUCCAGACACACAUGAACAGUCUAAAGGUUGGUAAUGUGCCCUGCAAGAGAAUCUUCUCUCCAGCAGCCAAAGAGCUCAAGUUGUGGAAAAUCGAACCAAAGGUCUCAUUAUAAGCCCCCAGAAACACCAACUUGAACUGCAACCAGUUGUCAGAUCAGUUCUUUAUCCGCAGAAGACUGUGGUCUGACUGGACAUGGCCCAGCGCCAUCUGUGGAUCUGGUUCCUUUGCCUGCAAACCUGGUCUAAAGCAGCAGGAAGAGAUGCAGACUUGAUGGUGGUGAAUGGGAUUCUUGGGGAGUCAGUUACUUUCCCCUUAAAUAUGCAAGAACCACAGAAAAUUGAUAACAUUGCCUGGACAUCUCAAUCAUCUGUUGCUUUUGUAAAAUCAGGAGUCAACAGAACUGAAGUUACUAUAACCCAGGUCUUUUAUAAAGGACGAAUAGAAGUCACAGGUCAGAACUAUGACCUUGUCAUUAGAGACCUGAGGAUGGAAGAUGCAGGAACUUACAAAGCAGACAUCAAUGAAAAGAACCCUGAUAAAACCAUCACCAAGAUCUACCACCUUCAUAUCUACCGUCGGCUUAAAAAACCAAAAAUUACACAGAGUUUGAUGCCACCUUUGAACAAUACCUGCAAUGUCACACUGACAUGUUCUGUGGAGAAAGAAGAAAAGAAUGUGACAUACAGUUGGAGUCCCUCUGGGGAGAACAGCAAUGUCCUUCAAAUCUUCCACUCCCCCAUGGACCAAACACUGACUUACACGUGUACAGCCAGGAACCCUGUCAGCAACAAUUCUGACUCUGUCACCGUCCAGCAGCCAUGUACAGACACUCCAAGCUUCCAUCCUCACCAUGCUGUGUUGCCAUGGGGACUGGCCAUGCUCAUUCCACUUAUUCUCAUUCCGGUGUUGGCAUAUUUGUGCAAGCGAAGGCGAGACGGGAUGGUUCUGGAAGCAGAUGAUGUCUCAAAGAAAACAAUAUAUGCCGUAGUUUCAAGAAAUGCUCAUACCACAGAGUCCAGAAUCUAUGAUGAAAUCCCUCAGUCCAAGAUGCCGUCCUAUAAGGAAGAGCCUGUGACCACCAUUUAUUCCUCAUUGCAGCUUUCUGAGAUGAUGGGGAAAGCCAACAUGAUGGACGAAAGACCACCCAAGACUUUGGGUAAUGAAAUUGUUGUCUAGAUUCAGGUCCCAGUACUACUGCUCUCAGUAGUGGGAGGGGCACCUCCCUGCGGCUCUGAUGGCGUAGGGGCUCCUCAAGGUCAGGUACGACUGGAGAGUGGGACCCAGCAGCUGGGACACAGAGUAAAUGGGCAAGGACUCCUGAACAACAAAGUAGGUUUUUGCAAAAUAAAUUAAUUGGAUAAAAUAUUGUCUUGAUUAUCUGGUUUAGAAAUUAUUGAAUUGGUAUCUUGUAAACUGUGGCGAUUGAAUAUUGAAGCCUUGAGAGUCAUGCUUUGCUAACCGGAAGGUGGACGCUAUAUAAAUUAUAAUUGUUGCACUGUGUUUCAUGUUAAAGAAGAAAAUAGUUAAAACUUUGAUUUAGCUUAACUUGUUCAAAAGCAGUUUCAAUUUACACAGUAAGAGCUGAUAAGCCACUAUGCUGUGACUGGGAGUAAAGCACAGUCAAAGAGAGCUGAUAAAGCUGGGUGUCUCCACAAGCCGCUCUUAAAGGGGACAGCAGCUUUUCUUUGUUUGUAAUAUUGGUAACAGAAAAUUAGCUUAAAAUUAAUAAUUCAGGGUUAAAGUCAUGUUAAGGGACAAUGCGUGGCAUGAGCCAAUCCAAGAAAACAGGUUUUCAUGAUAUUUUAUGUAAUUCUUACCCCUUAUAA